AUGGAUCGCAGCGUCGGUGGAGGUAGUGGUGGUGUAAGUAGUGGUCCUGGUGGCCCUACCUCAGGCGCCCUCGACGCCAUGAGUGACACAACCGGUCUCUGCCUGCAGGAUCUGGUAGGAGGAGGCGCUGGAGGGACUAGCGGUGGACCAGGUAAUGGCUCGAAUGGGGGCAGGGGGGCUGGUAACGUCACCAAUGGCACUGCUGACCACAUCCACAAUCACACGCAUCAUAACCUGCAUGACAGUCUCGCCACCGGUGGAGUUAGUGUAUCCUCAGCCAUCACUAGCCUGAUGUCUCCUGGAGGCAUCAAUAGUGCCGGUCUUGGUCACUUACACCAUGGAACCCCUGACCUAUCUGGACACCACCACCAUCAUCAUCACCAUCAUCAGCAUCCUUCGGUUGCAUUACACGAACCACUGGAAAAGCUGAAACUUUGGGCCGAAACAGGAGAUUUUCGUGAUAGCAGCCAUAAUGCAAUGACAUCUAUCAGCAGUAUUGAUCACUCGCAAAUGGGGUUUCCGUCAUCCGCAGUCCGCAAUCGGAGUUCACGGGAUCGGAAGAAUGACGUAUCUCGAUGUGUCAACGAUACGUCUGUGAAAACGGAGAACAUUAGCAGUAGCAUGUCACACGAGGACAACACGGGUCCACUAAAUACCGGUACCACCAUCUCUCAGGAUGGCAACGAUGGCACCAAAAACGACAAGAAAAAUAAACGUCAGCGACGUCAACGUACCCACUUUACCUCUCAGCAACUGCACGAGCUGGAACAGACGUUCAGCCGGAACCGCUACCCGGACAUGUCUACGCGAGAAGAGAUUGCCAUGUGGACCAACCUGACGGAGGCACGCGUCAGGGUUUGGUUCAAGAACCGCCGGGCUAAGUGGCGCAAGCGUGAACGCAACCAGAUGAACGCAAUCGCAGCCGCAGACUUCAAGAACGGUUUUGGUCCUCAAUUCGUUCAACCAUUUGCCGAUACAGACACGCUGUAUUCGUCUUAUUCGUACAACAACUGGGCGAAAGUUCCGUCCCCGCUUGGCGCCAAAACGUUCCCGUGGACGGUCAACCCACUAGGCGCAUCCAUCGUAACGUCCAAUCAUCACCAGAAUUCUAUUAAUUGCUUCAACACGUCAUCUGCAUCGGUUGCGGCUGGGAUGGCGGGCACCGGCUCGAUGCUGCCGGCUAGCAUGGGCACCGGACUGACAGGAUCGACCGGAGCGACGGGCGUGUCGCCUACUCCCUGUCCCUACACGACCCCCGCCAAUCCAUACAUGUACCAUCACCGAACCACAGCCGAACCCUGCACCGCUAUGAGCUCCAGCAUCGCGACGCUUCGUCUGAAGGCAAAGCAGCACACUUCCGGCUUCUCCAGCCCCUACUCGGCUCCCUCACCCGUUUCACGAUCCAAUUCGGCCGGCCUUUCGGCCUGCCAGUACGCCGGAGUGACCGACACGGUCUGA